GUUCUUACUUUCUUUGAAGAUAAAUUCCUUCUUCGAACCUUCCAUUCCAGGCUCAGGCUCAGCCACACGCGCUUUCAAACAACGCUUCUUCCCUUCCAGACUAACCUAUACUUCUCCGGAUCCUUAAAAGAACUCGCCUUUUUGUCUAUAAAUAUCGUAGCAAGCAAAACGCUCUUGAACAACGAUCUCUUUUGGCUCGUUUCCUUCCAACCAAGAAAUCCCAGAAAGCAAUCAGGCAAUAGACUCUGAUUUCCGUCUACAAGAGCAAGCAAUCAAAACCCCCCCCCCCCCCCCCCCCAACCAAGGUGAUCGAUCGGCGAAAAAGAGGAAGAGACAAAGAUGUGUUUGGUGUUUGUGUGCGAUGAGGAUGAGAGGGUGAUAGCGAGACAGCCGGCAGCAGGGGCUUGUCCCUACUGUGGAGGGAUGGUGCAAGCCAUGGAUGUAGAGAGCCAGUGGAGGUUCUGCUUUUUGCCUUUGUAUUUCAAGACCAAGAGGAAGUACUACUGCAGCUUAUGUGCAAGGCGCUUGGUCAUCCAAUGAUCCCAUUUCUCUCUAUAGAUAUCGGAAUUGGCAUACUUUGUUUGAUUCCUUUCCUUUUGUUUCCCCAAGCCGAUCAUCCCCUCUUCUUUCUUGUACAUAAGUUUGAAUGUUUUGAUCAUAGAAAAAGCUUCUUUAUUUAUUUACUUGC